GUACUGUAGGCCUGCUGUUGGGGAAAUGUUGUUUCUCGUCCUAUCGAUUAUGCUCUGGCUAAUGAGAGGAGGAUCAUCCUGGAGAGCAGGACCCACAUGUCCAGCGGAAGAGAAACUGGCAACCUUCGAGGAUGAGUACAGACUGAUGACAAACCAGCUCCAGAAGGUAGAAUGGAAUUUCGCUACAAAUAUGACGUCGGAAACAAGAACACAGCGCAGCAACUUCCAGCCCCUUUACAAUGUUUGGAUGUCGUCUUGGAAGAAAUGGGCCAGGGCUUUCAGGGGUUACGCGGGAACGUGUCCUGCGCCCUCCAUGGAGCUCAUCAGCAUGAUGAGGUCUGGCGUCGUUGUGCAGGACCCCCAGAAUGCAAAGAAAGUCUCCGAACUGCGCACAGCGAUGAUAUCUUAUUCUGCCAAAGAGAACUAUAAUGAUUUGGAGCGCCAUAUGGCUGGCACAACCGAUCCAAGUCUGUUGAAGUCCCAAUGGCUUCAGUGGGCAAAGUGGCAGAAUGCUUCCCAGAUAUACUUCGCUGCUUUGGUGUCCAUGUUGAAUGCUGCAGCUGCUAGCAACGGCUACCGCCACUACGCCGAGAGUUGGAACGAAGGCCUGGACGUGGAGCAAGAGAGCGCCCGCCUCUGGGAACGAGUGCAGCCGCUCUACUCGGAGCUGCACGCUUACGUGCGCGGCGCGCUACUACGACACUACGGGAAGGAGCUUCGACCAAACGAGCCAAUCCCUGUACACCUCCUGGGCAAUCCUUUCGGCGAGAACUGGAGAAACUUGGCUGACUUGGUAGUGCCGGCCGACCUUCGGAGGAGCCCCACUGAGCAGGCCCAACGAGAGAGGCGUGUCUUACCGUCCGAUUGCGUGAGAAGGGCCGAGGCCCACUACGAGAAGCUUGGUUUCCCACCGAUGCCGCCUCUGUUCUGGAAGAACUCCAUUUUCGAACGUCCUGGCAACAGCACCGCCAUGGACUGCCACGCGACGGCGUACGAUUUUGGCGAUGGCAGUGACUUCCGGAUCAAGGCUUGCCUGGUUGGCUCGAAGGCAGACGAAGAGAUCGCCUUCCACGAAAUGGGUCACGUGCAGUAUUUCCUGGCGUACCGACACCAGCGGUCAUUGUUCAGAACGGCGCCGUUAGCGGCCCUCCACGAAGCCAUCGGGGAAGCCUUUGGCCACGCUGCUGCGGCCUGCGGAGGUGCCGGCUCGGCGCGCGGUGAGCCGCACACCGAUGGGUCCGAGAGACACCUGCACUCCCGUCGUGACACUGUGGGCAGUUUACUGCGGGAGGCUCUAUUCAAGCUCGUACCUUUGCCCUGGAUUCUCUCCGUAGAGAGAUGGCGCUACGCGGUCUUUCAAGGCCACAUCCCUGCCGAGAGCCUCGCCUCUUCGCUAUGGGAUUACCGAGAAAAGUUGCAAGGUGUGAAGCCGCCUACACCGGAGGCGAGGGGGUACUUCGACGUUGGAGGAAAGCACCACGUGUCCCACUUCAUACCUUACUUCAGGUAUUUCUUUGCGCGCUUCCUUGACUACCAACUGCUGAGGGCAAUGUGUUCAGAAAGACGUCAACAAGCGCCCAUGGUCUUUUGUUGCGUGGAAAGUGAUACUCCAGCCGUUCGUAACAUAAGGCACAUGAUGUCAUUCGGUGCGUCGAUCGACUGGCGAGAGGCGUUGCAGAUGGCAACAGGCUCUCCGGAAAUAUCAGCGGAACCGUUGCUGAACUACUACGAGCCGCUCUUUACUUGGCUUCGGCGAGAGAACGUUAAGUUGAACAACUCGGUCGGAUGGUGAAAAAGCUUUCCAGCACGCACGCCACCACUGGAAGGGACCCGUAUGUUUCCGUACAGCUUAACUCACGUUGACAAUGGCGACGCCUCAUCAUGUCCGAAAACCGCGCGGAAGCAUUGUGCCCGGUGCGUUAUGGAAAUUGAAAAAAAAACAUCUGUUGACACUUUAUAGAGGCGAAAGAAGAAAUAAAUUUUAGAUCCUGCAACAUAGGUAUUCUUUUCGUUUCUGCCCUUUCGGUUCUGCAGAGGUGCCUGUACAUUAGCGACAGAGAAGCCCAAGCCACUCGGAUCGGAUCUUCCCGAAACUUAUACUAAUACUAAUACUAACUUAUUAUACUAAUACCGCAUGAUCCCAGGGAAAUUUCCUUUACCUCAAUCGGUGAUGACCGAAUGUACGGUCUACCUACGAUGAUUAGGGAGUUUCGGCGCGAAAGACUGGUCAUGCACUUUAAAGCUAGGCUGGCGUGUAAUCACGAUAACCAAUUGCUAUGCAUACACUGUUAUCACACAGCCUUCAUUUUAAAUAACUCAUUCGUUAUCGCAUGUUAGAGAUGACACAAUAGUGAAACUUGCCACGAUUGCUCAGUGGCUAUGGCGUUUCACAGCCGAGUACGAGGUUGCGGGUUCGAUCCGGUUCGCGGCGGCCGCAUCGGGAUGGGGGCGUAAUACAAGAACACUCGUAUACUGUGCAUUGGGUACACGCUAAAGAACCACCAGGUGGUCAAAGAACCACCAGGUGGUCUGGAGUUGCCCGCUACGGCGCGCCUCAUUUGUAGAUCGGAGUUCUGGCACGUGACACCCCAGAAUUAUUAUUUUUUUUUGUUUAGAACACUGCAAGCAUUGUGUACCAAAUUAAGCUGUCAGCGUGCGCUUGAACUCAUGCUUGUGGCCCUUUUACGUGGGAAUGACGCUCAAAUUUACGUCACAACUAACUCGUUUACGCGCUGUCUAAUGAAUCCAGGCUAAGAUAAGCGUUUUCGUUUCACAGAUAUCAGUGCAAAUAUGUUACAAGUUGACGAUUGGCUGUCGAUAAACGUAGUUGUGUGACGUCUGUGACGUGGGCUUAAUUCGCAAGCUCUGACCUAUUUACAUCUGUACUUCACAUUCGCUUCACCUGCAGUUUCUCUUUUUUUUCUUUUUGGCCUUUGUGUCACCUUUGUUUCAGAAAACAUAGAUCAUGGAUCAAGAACAUAUAGGUGAGACAAAGCUGAUUAAUGGUCUAUAAUUAUGAUCUAUGUAGUUCAUGGUAUCUGAAGGCGUUUUAUUACUUCAGUUUUUCCUUUAUCAUAUUUUGAUCUUUCUAGUAAUGUUGAAGAGCCCUGCAUUGGGACGUAUCUUUUGUACCAAACUUCAGAAGGCUGCUUACUCUUUUAGUAGGCCUUUGAUUUUGUAACCCCCCUUACACAAUGCCCCCAUAGGGCCUUAAGGUAUUUCAAAUAAAUAACUAAAUAAAUAAAUAACAGGGUCUCAUUUCCUUGCCUCU